AUGACGCAUUUGCUCGUGGCGGUGGACAAGUUCACCAAGUGGAUCGAAGCAAGGCCAAUCAAGAAUCUGGAUGGACCGACGGCUGUCCGGUUCGUCAAAGACAUUGCGGUACGCUACGGCAUGCCAAACAGCAUCAUCACGGACAACGACACCAACUUCCCCAAGGGCGCGCUCACGCAAUACUGCUCCGUCUCUGGUAUCCGCCUCGACCUGGUGUCUGUUGCUGACCCGCAGUCCAACGGCCAGGUCGAGCGGGCCAACGGCCUCAUCCUAUCCGGCAUCAAGUCAUGGCUUGUCGAGCCACUCAUCCGCUCACCCGGCAGCUGGCUUGACAAGUUGCCGGCCAUCCUCUGGAGCCUCCGCACCACGCCAAACCGGUCGACCGGGUUCACCCCGUUCUUCCUCGUCUACAGAGUCGAAGCCGUCAUUUCGACCGACGUCGAGUUUGACUCGCCGCGCGUCGCGAUGUACACUGAAGCCGAAGCCAAAGAAGCCCGCAAAGACGGCGUCGACCUACUCGAAGAAGCACGCCUCUUGGCGCUCAGCCGCAAGGCCCUGUGUGACCGCAACGCCUACUACCUCAUCGACGCCCGCAAGUCAAACAAGCGCAAGAGAGACACUGCCGGUGAAGAAACAACCCGGCCAUGGAACGCGGAACUCCUCCGCCCGUUUUACAGUUAG